AUGCCAAAGAGAAAGGUCACCGAACCAACAUCUGAACAGCCCAAUGGCUCACACGCAAGUAAAAAGGGCUGCCCCGACUUGCACCAGCCGCACCCGAAUGCGAAGCAAACUGAGGACUUCGGUAUAGUCCUUCGCCAAUUCUAUCCGCCGGAGAUGAGCAACGAGCGCUGCCAAGCAUACACCAAUGGCGAGCUGGAACGUCCCAUUGAAGCGCUACAGAAGGCUUGCCGGGAAACCGCCGAAAAGCGCAAGUCAAUUGACGUGGGUGAUGCCGUGGUGCACUGGUUCAAGAGCGAUCUCCGGCUUCAUGACAACAGGGCACUAUAUGCAGCCUACCAAUUCGCAAAAGAGAAGCAGGUCCCAUUGAUCGGUCUCUACAUCGUGUCACCGGAAGAUUGGACUGCCCAUUUGACUAGUCCUGCUCGAGUGGACUUCACCCUGCGCAACUUGGGGCGACUGCAACAAGACCUAGCGGAGUUGGAUAUCCCUCUGCACAUGGAAACGCAGGAGAAAAGGAAGGCGAUCCCGAAACGGAUCGUGGAAUUGUGCCAAGAAUGGGGUGCGAACAGCCUAUAUGCGAAUAUCGAGUAUGAGGUAGACGAACUGCGCCGCGAAGCUAAGCUUGUUAGGCUCUGCGCAGAGAGCGAUAUCAAUUUCACUCCCACUCAUGAUACCUGUGUGGUCACUCCGGGCACCCUGGCUAGCCAACAAGGGAAACAAUAUGCUGUUUAUACUCCAUGGUAUCGCUCUUGGUUGGCAUUUCUCAAAGAGAACCCUGAGUAUCUCGAGGUCUCAGAGGAACCCGGGUCUAAUCCAGGGAAUGCGCGCCAACAACUGAAGGAAUUGUUCGACUGCAAGGUGCCAGCCGCACCAAAAACACAUACCUUGUCCGAUGAAGACCAGAAACGCCUUGAGGGGCUUUACCCAGCCGGCGAGCAUGAAGCUUUCCAGCGGCUGGAGAAUUUUCUUGAGGAGAAAGGUAAACAGUAUGAGGAGAUGCGGAGCAUGUUGCCUGGUGAGCACACUUCGGUGUUGAGUCCUUACUUUGCAUGCGGAGCGCUCAGCGCAAGGACUGCUGUCGUGGCAGCGAAGACAGCCAACAAAGGCCAUCUCGAUCGAUAUGACCCCGGUUACAUGACUUGGAUCAGCGAGUUGGCUUGGCGUGACUUUUACAAGCAUGUGUUGGUGAAUUGGCCCUUCAUCUGCAUGAACAAGUGCUUCAAGCCCGAACAUACCAACAUUGAAUGGGAGUACGACAAGGAGAAAUUUCAAGCAUGGUGCGAUGGCAAGACAGGCUUCCCGAUCGUCGACGCAGCAAUGCGGCAGCUACGUCACUGCGCGUGGAUGCACAAUCGCACGCGCAUGAUCGUCUCGUCGUUCCUUACCAAGGACUUGAUGAUUGAUUGGCGCCGUGGCGAGCGCUACUUCAUGGAGAACUUGAUUGAUGGCGAUUUCGCAUCCAACCAUGGAGGAUGGGGGUUUGGGUCCAGUACUGGUGUAGAUCCGCAGCCAUAUUUCCGCAUUUUCAACCCUCUCCGCCAGAGUGAGCAAUUCGACCCGGCGGGGGAUUACAUCCGCCACUGGGUGCCGGAGCUACGCGAUGUGUCAGGUAAAGCCACUCACGAGCCAUAUACGAGGGGAGCGGCGGCCAUUGCGCAGAAGAAUGGCUACCCUAAGCCCAUAGUAGAUCACGCCGAGAGUCGAAAUCGGGCGUUGGAGCGUUUCAAGAGUGUAGUUCAGAAAGGCUUCUUUUUCUUAUUUGAUCUCACCAAUGAUGUCCCGCAAUGGAGUCCCAGGGUGAUCAGCCGUCUCCAGACCCAGACUCGCUGGAGGUUGAAUUAUCAAACGGCAAGCGACGAUGGCGACGAAAUAGAGUCGCAUGUGACUCUUGCCACACUCGGCGUUUGCCAAUUUACCCGCGAGCGCCGGAAGCGAGGACGAAUUGCGAGAUCAAAGCCGAAUAAUCCGAAUGCGAAUGGCGAGGACGAGACAGCCCAGGAACCCAUCGAUCGGAAGCCACCCGACGGGGAACACAGUCGGGGAUCGCAGUCGCAGCAGGUGCUAUCGCCAGUGGAUAAUAAUUCCCCUGCGUCAACCUUCCAGCAGCGAUCGCCAGAAACAAAUGAGAUCAGCGCCAUCUCGGCGCCUAGUGUCGAAGGUCGUCGGUCUGCACCGGAUCGUCCACAACCGCAGCGGGCAGGGCCUGCUGCAAAUAUAACGGAGGAAUGGCUGUCAGCGGCACAUCUGUCUCCAGACUCGUAUGAACUGCUUGCAGGCACUGGCGGCAGCGAGCCGCCUUUGCCCCGGUUGAUGGAUAUUUGGAACCCGGUUGAUUUCGCUGGUCAUCAACCGACACAGCGGGCACCUCCUAUAUCUUCCAUGUCGGGGGUGAACCCCCCAAGACAGAGAAAACCGUCGGCUUCCACGCCAUUGAAAUACCCUGUGUUGGAACCUCUCAUGCCUUAUGUGGAAUCAAGCCUCCCGCGUCGACUGGUGUGCGAUCUGCUCGCACUCUACUUUACCAGUGCUUUUUCAACCCAUAUGCACCCUGUAUGCCAUCAUAUUCACUGUUAUGUCCUGCGAAAGACUUCUUUUCUAAGUGUCGACCGUCCCAGGCCCACUAGUCCUGCCUUGCUGGCAAGUAUGCUCUGGGUAGCUGCUGUGGACGAUCGGGCCUUCUCUUUAUCAAUCUCACCAUUACAACGGAGGAAGAUAUGCCAAUUUCUCUGUGCUUUGAUUAUUCGUUUACUGCGGCCACUGAUACAUGUCUCGUUCAAAGACCAAGAUUCAUCACCCGCUGAAAACCCGACCGCACACGACUUUUCAGCAGGGGCUCACCACCCGUUCGAAGGAGUCGGCGAUGACAAAGGACUGGUGGGCCCUGCUGGAUCUUUAGACGAUGUCAUUACCUAUAUCCAUGUGGCCUCGAUUAUCUCAUCUAGUGAACAGAAGGCUGCAAGUAUGAGAUGGUGGCAUGCAGCCUUUACAUUAGCUCGAGAGCUUAAAUUGAAUCAAGAGAUGGAAAUCACUCCUAAUAUCGACAGCCUAACUGACGGCUCAAGCCCGUCAUUCGGCUACGGUUUAGGUGGUUGGCCUGGUUCCCCGGGUGGGCUGGGUGUCGACUAUUCCAAUCCAUCACGCCCAAGUCUGAAUUGCGUGUGUGACAAGAAUCAUGAUUCGCAUAAUGCACCCAUUACAGAAGAGCAUCGCGAAGAGCGUCGCAGAACCUGGUGGCUGCUAUAUAUCAUGGAUCGCCAUCUCGCAUUAUGUUACAACCGUCCGCUGGCCCUACUCGAUGCCGAGAGUGAGGACCUGUUACUGCCACUGGAUGAAAGCUCCUGGCAAGCAGGUAUCAUCCACAGCAAUAGUCCUCGUCCAGAUGGGCCUCAAUGCCCUCGGUCGGGUGACCAAAACAAACGUCGCAUUUUCCCCAAUUUCAUUUGCCACGACCACUCUAUUCUUGGAUUUUUCCUCCCACUGAUGACGAUCACUGGGGAACUGAUCGAUCUAAACCAGGCGCGAAACCACCCUACUCUUGGCGUUAGGCUUCAAGGAAAAGAGGCGUGGGAGGUUCACGUGUCAGAAGUGCUACGGCAGCUCGAGGUCUACAAAGCUAGUCUGACAACUUUCGCGGCAGCGACGGCGGCAGACCCGGCGGCCUCAUCGACAAGUGCCUACACCAACAACCCAGAACCUGUCGAUCCGCAAUUGUCCCAGGCUUAUUCAUGGCAUACUCAAACUGUCAUUGCCUAUUCCUCCUACCUAACCCACGUCCUUCAUAUCCUGCUCGUGGGAAAAUGGGAUCCUGUCUCACUGAUCGAAGACAAAGAUUUCUGGACAUCUUCCCCGGCUUUUGCAUCGACCAUCUCGCACGCACUGGAAGCUGCUGAUUCGGUGCAACAAAUCCUCCGCUUCGAUCCUGAUAUUAGUUUCAUGCCCUACUUCUUCGGCAUCCAACUUUUACAAGGCAGUUUCCUUCUCCUACUUAUUGUAGAGCGCCUACAAAAGGAAGCGGGCGAGGGCAUUCUCAAUGCCUGCGAGACCAUGAUCCGAGCGACAGAAUCAUGUGUCGUCACCCUGAACACGGAGUACCAGCGCAGCUUCCGGCAAGUGAUGCGCUCUGCUGUGGCGCAGGCUAGGGGUCGCCCGGUAAAUCCGAGUGAAAUUCGGCACCGCCGAAAAGCGGUUCUGGCCCUUUACCGGUGGACACGAAAGGGGACAGGCUUAGCCCUGUAA